AUGAAACAUACUUUCGCAUUCUUGUCAUGGCUGGCCUUUGCGAGCGGCUCUGCCGUUCCACAAAAGAACCUGCCCACUGUUGACCUGGGAUAUCAAGUCCACCGUGCAAUCUCAUUCGAUAAAACAUACAAGACGUAUAACUUUACCAAUAUACCUUUUGCGGAACCCCCUCUAGGUGCUCUAAGAUUUAAUUUGCCGGUUCCACUCAGAGGGCGAAAAUCAGGAAUUCAAGAUGGAAGUAUUGGCAAAGUCUGCCCUCAGGCUACUCCUAACUGGUUAGCAAUGAGCACAUUAUUCGAUACGGCAUUCGCGAAUCACCAGUUGCCCUUCAACGUCACACAGGCAAAUGAGACUAUAUCGAGAUUGCCUCCGCCGUCGCAAGAUGGCAGAAUAACAGAAGACUGUCUUGUUCUUGAUGUUUUGGUUCCUCAAAAAAUAUUUGACGCGAGAAAUACAUAUAAAAAAGGCGUCAAGCCUACCAAAGGGGCACCGGUCUUGGUGUGGAUAUUUGGUGGCGGAUAUGUUCUUGGAGAUAAAACAAUGUUCGGUAGUCCGAAUGAUCUCAUGGCAGCAAUGCAAACCAAGGGUUCCGACGGAGCUAUCUGGGUGGCUAUGAACUACCGUCUAGGUGCAUUUGGUUUUCUUUCAGGCCCGACAUUGCAGCAAAACGGCACAUCAAACGCUGGGCUUUUGGACCAGAGGCUUGCACUCGAAUGGGUUCAAGAAAAUAUCCAUUUAUUUGGAGGCGAUCCUGAUAAUGUCACUGUUAUGGGUAUCUCUGCCGGUGGUGGAUCAAUCAUGCAUCAUAUCACUGCCUAUGGAGGUCAGAAACCAGCGCUUUUCCGCCGUGCUAUCCCUCAGUCAGCUGGUCUGGUCCCUAUGCCUGGAAAUCGAGCACAAGAGCAAGCUUUCGACGACUUUCCAUCCAUUCUUAACGUCACUACACUAGAUGAGGCAAGAGAUAUGCCAUCGAGCGCAUUACUGGCUGCCAAUAUGAAGCAAGUUGGUAAUGCGCCAUAUGGUACUUUCAUAUAUGGCCCAACAGUGGAUGGUUCUUUUGUCCCAGGAAUGCCGACGAAACUGCUUCUUCAAGGAGCAUUUGUAAAAGGGAUGGAGGUGUUGUCCUCUUUCAACAGAAACGAGGGAAUGACAUUUACGGACCCUUCUGCUUAUGAUAGCGAGCCUCUAUUAAGGAAACAGAUUGGAAACACAUUCACCCUACUUUCUAGCAAAGACGUUGAAUUUAUUUUCGAAACUCUUUAUCCGCAGACAUAUGAUGGAUCUCAGCCAUAUACCGACUCUCUUGGAAGAGCGCAGCUGAUCAUUGGUGAAGCAGCACUUAUUUGCAACCAGAAUGUCAUGGUCAAAGCUGCCGCACAACAGAAUAUUGCUGCAUUUGGCUAUGAAUAUUCUGUCUGGCCAGCAGUUCAUGGGUCAGACCAGGUUCCGCUUUUCUCGAAUGGGCCAACACCAGGCGUAGACCCCCAGGUUUCGAGCAUUUUGAAGAAUAUUGUAGCGGGCUUUGUAAACAAUGGUUCGCCAAAUAAGCCUCCAACUGGCAUUACCACGCCUUCCUAUGGUCGAGACAAUUCCAUUCUGAACAUCCUAGUCAACGCUUCAUCCGUUAUUCGAGAUCCUACAGCAAACAGGAGAUGUGACUGGUGGCAAAAAGCCCUCUACUAUUAG